AUGGGUGCUAGUAAUACAAGUAUUUACCUCUUCGUCUGCCUGAUCCUCUCGCUGCACUGGACUUUGGGGAGCUGCAAUACGCCUAUCCGACAAUGUGCUGGAAAGAAUUACCCUCUGCCGUUGAUGGUGCAAAUGGAUGAGUGCAAUGAGCUGCCCUGCGAUUUGUGGAAGGGCGGCGAGUCGAGCAUAGCCAUUCAAUUUGUAUCCACUCGCAACGCAAUAAGCCAGCUUACGGCCAAGGUGCGCCUGGCCUCGUUGGGCAUGACCAUACCAUACGAUCUGGAGGAGUCUCGGGCCAAUGUGUGCAAAAAUCUGCUGUACGGCGCCUACUGUCCACUCGAUGCGGGCGAGGAUGUGACCUAUCAGUUGCUCUUGUCCGUGGCCGAGCAACAGCCGGAGCUGCCCACCACGUUGGAGGUGACGGUCCUCGAUGCCAUGAACAGUUCAGUGGUCGCCUGUUUUCUUACCGAUACGCGAGUCAAGAAGCGCUAG